GAAUGAAAAUUCAACCUCUUCAUCUCCCAAUAUAGCUGCAAUAGUGGGUAGUGUAAUAGGCUCCAUUAUUUUUGUUGACACAUUAGUAGCUGUUGGCAUCAUAUUGUAUCAAAGAAGGCACAAACCAAGAAAUGUUGUAACAACUGUCAUAGCAAUGUUUGAUUAUGUAAGAAAAGAGGCAAAUGAUUUGAGUUUUAAAGCAG